GGGCGAGGCUCUGCGGGGCGGCGGGCGGCGGCGAGUGCUCGGCUGGCGGGACUCCUGCGAGUCCUCACGGCCGGGCGCUGCUGCCCCUGCCUUCCGCCAGUUCACCCCGGACGUUGCGCUCUGAGGUGUCGGGAAAGACCAGUCUUUCCCGAAGGCGAUGGCAGGGACCAAAACAAGCCGGUUUUGGUUGCUAGCUGCAAACUGAGAGAAGCAGGCUGAGGGCUGCCAGGCGGGAUGGAUCCCUGUGGAGACCCGGCACUGCCCGGUGGCGACUGUCCCCAGACUAGGGGACCGGGGCUCCAGGGGGCGCCUGGCCAGGAGGGUCCUCUGCAGGGCACUUGCGUGGACAGCAGCCACAGUGAACACGAAGACCGAAACAGAAUGUCUGAAGAACUUAUUAUGGUUGUCCAAGAAAUGAAAAAGUAUUUCCCAGCCGAGAGACACACUAAACCCAGCACCCUAGAUGCCCUUAACUAUGCCCUGCGCUGUGUACAUAGUGUGCAAGCAAACAGUGAAUUUUUCCAGAGUCUCAGUCCACAUGGAGCACGUCAGGCAGAUGUGACUGUAUACAGUCUUGAGGAGCUGACCUCUCUGGCUUCUGAACAUACUUCCAAGAACACAGACACCUUUGUGGCAGUGUUUUCGUUUCUGUCUGGAAGGUUAGUGCACAUUUCUGAGCAGGCUGCUCUGAUCCUGAAUUCUAAGAAAGGUUUCCUCAAGAGCUUGCACUUUGUCGACUUGCUUGCCCCUCGAGAUGUAAGGGUGUUCUACGCACACACUGCUCCAACUCAGCUUCCUUUCUGGAACAACUGGACACAAAAAGCCUCGCAGUAUGAAUGUGCACCAGUGAAACCCUUUUUCUGCAGAAUCUGUGGAGGUGGAGACAGAGAGCAGAAGAGGCAUUACUCCCCAUUCCGGAUCCUCCCCUAUUUGGUUCAUGUACAUAGCUCUGCCCAGCCAGAACCAGAGCCUUGCUGUCUAACACUGGUUGAAAAGAUUCACUCUGGUUACGAAGCUCCUCGAAUUCCUAUAGAUAAAAGAAUUUUUACCACAACACACACGCCAGGAUGUGUGUUUCUUGAAGUAGAUGAAAGAGCAGUGCCUUUGCUGGGUUACCUACCUCAGGAUCUGAUUGGAACAUCGAUCUUAACAUACUUGCACCCAGAAGAUCGACCUCUGAUGCUUGCCGUACACCAAAAAGUUUUAAAGUAUGUGGGCCACCCUCCAUUUGAACACUCACCUGUCAGAUUCUGCACUCAGAAUGGAGAUUAUGUCAUCCUGGAUUCCAGCUGGUCUGGCUUUGUGAACCCCUGGAGCCGGAAGGUCUCCUUCAUUAUUGGUCGGCAUAAAGUCCGAACAAGUCCAUUAAAUGAAGAUGUUUUUGCCACCAGAAUAAAAAAGGCAGCCAGUAACGACAAAGACAUAACAGAAUUACAAGAACAAAUUCACAAACUUCUCUUGCAGCCAGUUCAUGCUAGUGCUUCCAGUGGCUACGGGAGCCUGGGCAGCAGCGGCUCACAGGAGCAGCACAUCAGCAUCUCCUCUUCGAGUGAGUCAAAUGGACACUGUGCGGAGGAAGGCCAGCAGGAGCAGAUGACCCUGCAGCAGGUCUAUGCCAGUGUAAACCAUAUUAAGAAUGUGGGCCAACAGCUCUACAUUGAGUCGAUGGCCAGAUCAUCGGUGAAGCCAGUGACGGAGACUUGCGCGGAACCGCAGGGUGGUGAUGAGCAGAAGGACUUCUCUUCCUCUCAGACACUGAACAAUAAAAGCAUGGAUACCGGUUCCAGUGGCGAUCUGCAGCAAGAGCAGCACAGCUCGUCCUAUCAGCAGAUGAACUGUAUCGACAGUGUCCUCAGGUACCUGACAAGCUACAACCUCCCAUCCUUGAAAAGAAAGUGCAUCUCCUGCACAAACACAUCUUCAUCCUCAGAAGAAGCCAAGCCAAACCCGGAGGCCGACAGUAGCCUGCGAGACACUGAACAGCCUCUGGACAUACAGAAACAGGAAACAACUGGACCAUCCACAGAUGCCAAAGGAGGUGCCACACAGACCCUGUCCACCACUGCACUGAGCAUGGCGUCUGGCAUAAGCCAGUGCAGCUGCAGCAACACCACUGCCUGCAUCCCACCCCUACAGUCAGCAGAAAGUGUUGCCGUAGCGUGUAAGCCCUGGGCCCUGAGAACGAAGGCCUCUCACCUGGCCGCAGGAGGAUUUAAGCACGUGGGGCUCACAGCGGCUGUCCUCUCCGCACACACACAGAAGGAGGAGCAGAGCUAUGUUGACAGGUUCCGGGAAAAGCUCCUGGCCUCACCCUACAGCUGCUAUCUUCAGCAAGAAAGCAGAAACCGUACUAAGUACUCCCGUGUUCAAGCAGGGUCCACCCCUAAGCACAGCAGAUGUGCGGGGAGUGAGAGACGGAAGCACAAACGGAAGAAGUUGCUGACACCUGUGGACACCAGAAGCUCCAGUGCCCACCUCUGUCCCCAUGUCAGAGGACUCUUUCCAGAUGGGCAGCACUGGAACCCUUCCGUUAUCCCCUCUCCUCAUGCUGCAGGCCUAGCUUUCCCCUCAGCCCUGGUAGUUCCCGGCCAGACACCUUAUCUCCUUCCCUCUUUUCCCUUCCAAGAUAUGGCCUCUCAGGGAGUAGGGGACUCUGCAGCCUGGGGAGCUGCAGCUGCAUGUCCACCUCUGUCCCCUGGCCCUCAGACUGUCUCCGCACUCCCUUCCCCUGGCCCUCAGUCUGUCUCCGCACUCCCUUCUGCUUACUUGGAUACUUUGAUGACCAUCUUCCUGCACAACACCCCUCUCUUUCCUCUCUGGCCGGCAUCAUUCUCUCCAUAUCCAUUCCUGGCCGAGACAGGUUCUUCUGAACUGGCACCCUUAGUACCAGCAACGGCUCCAAACCUGGAACCAACCUCUUCAGACCAAGGGCAAAGGAGAGUGGAGGAGAAUUGGGAGACACACAGUGAAGAGCUUCCGUUCAUUAGCUCACGGAGCAGUUCACCAUUGCAGUUAAAUUUACUCCAGGAAGAAAUGCCUGCACCAUCAGAGUCUGAAGAAGCAGUGAGAAGGGGCGCCGUCCCAGAUGCUAAGCACCACUGUGUUACAGGUCACAGUAGCGGUCAGAGCUGUCACUGUGCCACCGGUGAGCUGGCUACAGCAACAGUGCAGCAGGAGUCUCCUGCAGCUGCCUCAGGAAGCAGUGCCAGCAGUCUGUACUUCAGUAACAGUGACUACGCUUCUGAAGUCUCUGAAAAUGGACGGAGGUCACAGGAUAGACAGAGAGACAAAGCCUUUCCUGGGGCGGCUGAAGAAUCCAUCUGGAGAAUGAUAGAACGGACGCCAGAGUGUGUUCUUAUGACAUACCAGGUGCCGGAGAGGGGUAGAGAUGAGGUGCUCAAGCAAGACCUGGAAAAGCUUCACAGCAUGGAGCAGCAGCAGCCCCAGUUCUCACCUGCCCAGAAGGAGGAGCUGGCCAAGGUGCACUCCUGGAUCCACAGGCACACUGCCCCUCAGGAGAGACACCUCCAGAGCUGUGUCACCUAUGAAGACAGAGGUUCAGUCAGCAACACUGCAGAGGUCCCUGAACAGCACCCAUCAGAAGACACCAAUUGAGCAGUUGUGAAGAAGUCACGCCCUCUCCAGGUCAUGUGGGACACAGACGUGUGUUACCUCGCCACAGUCUGACUCUGUCGAUGGCAGUCAUCUACAUUAAGAUCUUCCCUUGCUUUGUUCUGGAUUGGUUUCAGUGGUGCUGAGAAUCAAACCCAGGGCCUCGCAUCCGCUAGGCUGGCAUUCUCACCGCUGACCUGUGUCCCCAGCCCUCCCUUCUUGGUUUUCCCAAAGCAGGAGUAUUUUUAGGCUCUGGUUCAUGGUGUUAAAACUGCCAACGAGAAGACUUCUUGAGCUCAUCUGUCACCUGGUCUGACAGUGUAAUCUCAGAAGUCACCCUGAGUAAGUUACAGUUGGAAGGAGUCUCAGGCCUGAGUCUCCUUUGCUAUGUUCUGUUGUUACAAAAUCAUUUUCCCACUAGAAUACUUGAAGAACUUCUGUCUGUGGGUUGUGUGUUUCUCACGGUGUUUUCCGUGAACUUAGCACAUUGAUCUAGGUUUUGUACAGCAUGGUGCUUCUCUUCCUGAUUGUAAGACAUUCCAGCUUUCACACACACACACACACACACACACACACACACACACACACACAAACCAGCAGAGGGCAUGGUCCUCUAGGAACUGUGGGGGUCCUGGUUUCAGUUGUUUGAGCCCAUUCUCGUCCAUGCACUUCCUGUGGCGGCCGCCUUUCAUGGGAGCCCUUUCCUUGAGAUCUGUCUGCUAGACAGGACUUUGGAUGACUGAAGUUAAGCCUCACAUGUUAAAAAGCCUCUUACUCAAACAGCAGUGUUUUUAAAGGGUUUUUUUUUUUUUUUUUUUUUUUUUUUGUUAUAAAAUAAAUGUGAAAAGUUUUAAAUAUUACGUUGAUGUUAUCAUGGAGGGGUGUGUGUCCAGGCUCACCAGAACAAACGGUUGACUUUUCCUUUUCACCGAACUACACGGCAAGGUUUCCGUGCCAGCGCUCCAGUUGGCCUUGCCUGUUGUUUGCCCUUGAACGGGGGUAAGUGUUUGAGGCCUGCACGUGAGAGGCUACACUUAGGGGAGCUCGGGGACCCCAGCUUGGUGACAGCAGAGUCCCAUGAGUCUGUGCUCUCCAGGUAGUUUGGUCUCAGAAGUGAGUGUGAUUGUUUAUGUGUUUUUUGGCUCACUCUCCAGUGCUCUGGUUUGGAGAAGGUCGAGGUUUCUUCGUGACCAGGGAAUGGCUGUGGAAUCAGCCUGCAGGUCAGGAAGGGACUGGCGGGGAGGAGGUUUACAGCGGCCUUUCCUGCUUCACUUCCUGCAGUGCAACUUACUUUUCUUUUUCCGCCCCCUGUUUUGUUUUUGUUUUGUUUUAGGAAAGCACUUUGUUCUCCUCUGACAAUUUAUAGCUAUUGCUAACUGUAUUGUCAUUGUGAUCAGGAGACGGUCAUAGAGGCCGCUGUGCCCAGCACUCCAACUCGGUGGCUCAGACCUCUUUUCUAAAACAAUCUUUUUCUGGACAGCAGUCCUAUCGGAAGGUGUCAGAGACAUUUUAAGAUCUGCCUAUGACGUUUCUUGGAACUUUCUGGCAUUGAGCAGUUGCUGACACGUGUUCCUGCUGUGUGAACAGAGAGACUUCUCCGAACCCACUCCAUCCUAGUAGGUAGUGAUUUGAGAGGCCUGCAUUAGUCAGGUUGGCAUUCUCUGGUGAAGGGUUGUGCUCGUCUGGAGCUACCAGGAUCCUUGUGUGUUCGUGUACAUACAGCAGACCAGGGUUCUGGUGAAAGAGGUCCUUUCCUGUUGGUUCUGGAUCCCUGUUUUCUCUGCAUUUCAUAUUUCCUUGCCUUAGUCCACACCUUAUGGAGUCUGUGUUAUGCCAGGCUUGAUUUGAAAAUGGUGCUGUAGUCAGGUCUGUAAAGUCCUUACCAAGUCUCGCCUCUGCCAGGAUGCCAUCAGUACACACAGCAAUCCCUGCUGCUGAGGGCCGGUCCAGCAGAGGCCGCUGCCCCCCAUGGGGGUCACACCCUGUGGAAACUCAAGCUCGCUGUUUUUGUACUAGUAACUAGAGAACUGAGAAGAAAAGUGUGUACUGUAGACUUGAAUGUCUACAUAAAUGUUUCCCCCAAAGCUUUAUUUUCUUGGGUCAGAGGUCAAAAUUUAUGAAAAUAAGAUGCUGUGUAAAUAAAUGGAUUAAAUGAAAUAUUAUCAUUCACAACAUGGCAAAUUUUAACCAAAUUAGCAAUUUGUUCAUAAUUAACUGUGAAUUUGUUCUUACUUAAUGGAUAUUUAUCUUUUCAUUGGGUAUCUUUUUUGAGUAAAAACAAUAAACAGUGUAUGUGUUCAAA